AUGUUCACAUCGCAAUCCUGGCUGAGAAGCGGUUUUCCCCCAGCGGUACACCAUGUGAACGAGAACGUACACUCCUGCACUAUGAUAUUUGAUGCGAAGUCCAUAGGAGAAAAGGUCCUAUCGGCGUCCACAGCAUGGCUUCCUCUCAUUUACGACACUACCGUGUUUCUCUUGACGCUGUAUAGAACACUUCCUUUUGUCCGGAAUGCCUCCCUAUCCCGCGAACUUAUGAAGCAGCUUCUCGAAGAUGGGAUAAUUUAUUACGGUGUAAUAUUGGCCGUGGCACUCGCAUUGACCAUAAUGAUGAUAGCUGCUGCCGAUGGCUUGAGGAACGUCGCGGCUCAACUUCAAUUGUUACUCUCGGUAAAUCACUAUAACACAAUCGCUGUCGCCAUGCGCCGAAUCAACCAUUGA